AACAAUAUCAGACUGACACCAGCAACUCAAAAUUAGGGAACGUAAGUUUUCAGAUAUCCUAAGCAUAACAUGGGCGCAACGGCCUUGCAUAAUAAAUCCCCAACACUGGGUUAUCCGGAGCAUGAUGAUCCGGCGUAUCGCAAGUGCCAGGAGUUGAAGAUGGAACGUUGGAUUCAGAUGCACUACCAAAUCAAGCAACGGGAACAGGCGUUGGCCAUUGCUCAGCAUCGGGAACUCUUUUACUGGCUGAGCGGCUUCUAUCUAAGCGCUUUUUAUGGCUGCGCUAGCUACUACCAACGAGUCAAGCGUGCUUCAGCACUGGCGCCGCUAUUACCACUUACCUUUGUUAUGGGAUACUACACGGACUGGGCCUAUGGCAGCAAGCUGCAUCGAAUACAGGCCGAAGCGAAUAUAAUUAUGGAGCAUGAACCGGAGUUAUUGCAUUGGCCAGGGGGACUACCAACGGUCGCUGGCAUUGAUGAGGCUCGCGUUGAAAUUCAAAUGGAAAAGAAAAUGCACCCCCAUCAUAUGUAGAUGGAUCAUUAUCCAAAUGCAUUGUCGCAUGUUUUUGUAAAAUAAUGUUAUUAUUCAAUAACAUGCAUAUGCAUACAUGGGUACAUCGUUAA